GUCCCGGGUAGUCAUGGAAACGCGGGGUAAUCAAAAGCGGUAGAAAUCGAGUAAACGCGGAAACAUUGGCGCAGUUUAGCGCAGAAAACGACCGUGUAGAAAUAAUGGGAAAGGAGGAGGUGGAUCUCGUGACUGUGGUUAAGCCAGACGAGAAGAGAUCGCUCUUACAGAAGUAUGACAUUCCUAUAGAGCAUUUAUCUUACGAGUACGUAACCGGCUGCUCAAACGUCAAGGAGCUCGAACGAAUUGUUCUGAUCUUGAGAUCGGGCGAGGAGGGUAUAUUUCCGGACUUAAUAAAUCGCGCCGAAGAAUGUCUUGCCAAAAUCAGUCCCAAGAGCCGCGUGCUUCGGGUCGAAGAGCCGGUCGUUACUCGGGCGAUGUUGGAUCCCGAGGACCGUAGAUUGAUCGACGACGAUAUGGCCAGAUGGAUGAGCGAGAUGCAGGGAAGAGAGAAGGACCUUGAUGAGGGAAAGGCGUUUACGGCUACACCGCUAGUCCCGCAACCGGAAAUCCGGCAGACGCCAGAAACGAGAUCAGCGAAAAGAAACUCGCAGAGCGGCGCGAAACGGGGUAAACCGAAGGCGAUUGCCUCUUGCGAUUACGCAGGCUGGGACAGAUUCGACGCCGAUGCCGAAAUUGACCGCAUCGACUUACAGGAUGAAAGGAUGCAGGUAGAGGCAAAAAACGCACAACAGAGACAAAGAGAAAAGCAUGAGGAGGCCAAGAAAUUUUCAAAGGAAUCUAUAGUGAAUAAAUUAUCGUUGACGGCAACGGAACUAGGCGUGCUGGCUGAGCACGAGAAGAAUAUGGGAAACGAGGCGUACAGGGUUGGCGAUUACGAGGAGGCUUUGAUACGUUACAAUUCUAGCAUUACCAUUAACCCGAGUGUGAACGCGUACAACAACCGGGCAAUAACAAAUAUAAAGUUGCGUCGAUAUCAGGAGGCUGUUAACGAUUGCAACAUCGUGUCGAGUAUGGAGUAUAACAACGUAACGGCUCUGAUGAGGCGAGCACUGGCUCUUGAACAUCUGGAAAAAAAUUCACAGGCACUCAUCGAUUAUCAGACGAUCCUGCAGCUCGAACCAAACAACAAACUAGCCAUAGCGGCUGUAAACAGAUUGAAGAAACCGUCCGAUUCCAAGAAAGUAAGAAUGAAAAUCGAGGAAGAAAUUAUUCCGGCGGUCAUUUCCGAGACGAAAGUGGCUAAAAAUGAAGAAUUGAAUAACGUCACUAAGGAGCGAUCGACGGUAAAAAACGCUUACGAUUUACCAGAAGAAAAGAAGGACUCCUCCCCGAGUUCGAACGGCGUGCAGUCCGAGAUAUGCUUCUGCGACAGAGCACCGGGUUUUUCGCAGAGUCCAAAACCGCCCCCGCACUACAAAAGCAGCUACUGUUUGCCGCCGCCUCGCAGAACGCCGGGUUCGCGGCCAUUGGCUGUUAGAUCCGCUUGGGAAAAUCGGAAGGCUGAUACGUCCGGGACAAAAACGGGCUGCCCAGACGCGGAAUCGCCGAAGUUGAUGAUCGAGGAACUGCCCGGUCAUAACGAGUACGAAUCGACUUACAGUCGGCCACCGGCGAUCGCUGAGCUGACUAAGAGUAAGGGAAACGGAGAAAAAACCGUGACGAAAAAUGGGGAUGAAAAAGGGAAGCAAUUGCAAACGCACAAGAAUAGAGAUAAGCUCGCGGAUAAAAAGCCAGAGGAGUGCCAAAAACCGAGGGAGAAAAUCCUGUCCCCUGUCUCAAUGACUCACAAGAAAGUCGAGGUUGCUAGUAAAUAUGAGAAACCCGUUUUCAAGGAACAGGAAGUUGUGAUAAAGGAUCUCGACUCGAUCGAAUCGCCCUACGAAUUUCUCCGCGUAUGGCAAUCGCUGAAGACCGAUGUUGACUUAUCGCUACAUGCGAAACUCUUGCGAUCUUUAGCGCCGGAGGAGUUCAAUGUCGUCAUCGGAAAUAAACUGGACGGAGGUAUGUUCACAAUUUUGUUGCGGUGCCUUGAAAGACAUUUCUGCAAGGAUCGUGAGGACGUUCUCUUGGUUUGCCGAUAUCUAAAAGCCUUAGCUAAGCUGAGCCGGUUUUCCAUUGUACGAUCCUUCAUGGACUCGGUCGACAAAAAAGUUCUCCUCAAGAUGCUAAACUUCGUCGAGGAACACAACUCGCCUUUGGCUGCCGCGGAAUUGCGUCACGCCUACAACGUAUAAAUCGCCCAAGUAUAUAAAUACAAAUAGGUAGGUGUGCGCACGUGCAGAUCGUGUAGUACUUUCGAGCCAACUCGUCGACGUCUAACCCUGACCAUCUUGGGUCUGAUCCCCGAUUCUUUAUUUAUUUUUGUCUCAUUGUUCCAACUCUGAACGCGCUCGCAUGUCCUCAGAUUUUUCUUUUUUUUUUCCCCUCUUAAAUUGUUGUUAUUAUUCGUAAUUUUUACCAAUUUUGAAUAAAAAAAAAACCUGAAGAUUCUGUAUCGGAUAACGAUAUUUUUUUCAACGGCUUAGAAUAGCUAUGAAAAUUAUUUUUUUUCCGUUCAUCCGAAUGGAUUCGAGAAACUUUAUUUCGAUUUUUUCUGUAUAAAUAAAAAGUUACCAAAUAAUCUUUUUGCAAAUAUUUUAAAACAUGAAAACUAUUCAUUCUGUCUAACACUUUUAUCGCUAUUAAACUUUACGAGCCUUCGAAAACGUUAUUUAUCAACACUUAAAAUUUCGGAAAAUCGUGGGACUUGAAACAUGUUCUCGAAAUUAAACUAAAAAUUGAUUGAACGUUAGUAGAAAAAAUGAUUCAACUUAGAAACAAAUCCGUAUAUUACAGACGUUAUUCAGAAAGUAUUUUCUUUUUUUAAUUUUCGGUUUUAAAGUUGAACGUGCCGAGAAAAGUGUCCGUGUUUUCGAAUUAGCACAAUGGUUUAAAAAAAGAAUCAAACCCAAGUGGAUCAAGCUUAGUUGCCAUUCGAGUUGGCUCGGAACGCACCAUACACUGAGGACGAAAUUGAUUUACUGUUAUACAUCGUAUUCAUAGCAUUUAAUACAUAUACUUCAAUAAUUGACUUUCUGUACUUAUGAUCAAUAAAAUAUUA